GAAGCGGACCUGUGCGCUCGCGGAUGAAAGCGCGAUUCGUCUUCGCUCCGCUCGCGCUCUCCUGUCCUCUCCGCCUCGCACGCCGUUCGCGCGCUUGACGCGGCGUCUGAUGAGAGUGCUCGCGGGCCAGCGGCGAGCAGCAUGUCCUCGCGCAAGAUCUCGUCGGAGUCGUUCAGCUCGGUGGGUUCCGACUGCCUCGAGAGCCCCGACGACGCCGAGUGCCCGUUCUCGCGCGCCUUCUGGAACGGCCGGAGCCCCGUGGAGACGCGCGCGUGCCCGUUCGACGAUCAGGCAGCCACGGGAGCAAGGAGGGCCGCCAGGCGGAAGCGUGUGAACUUGGACUCGCUCGGGGAGAGCCUGAGACGGCUCACCUCACCCACGACACAGACGAUCCAGCAGGCUCUGCAGAGAACCGUGGAAUUCUACAAAGAGAGAAAUAACAGCGAGGACGGGUCAGAGCAGAAAUGUGCAUUAGAAAAAUGUCCGUUUGUGAACUCCCAGUCCGACAACCAAACCGACAUCUCAGGAAUUCUGCAGUACACAGCAGCAGUAGUGGGUGUGGGGUUCUCUACACUCCGGGAGCGUUUCGGCGAAGAGUUCUUUGGACUUUGUCUAGAGGAGAACGAGAGGGUUCUCCGCGCUCUGGGUGGAAACUUGCAAGACUUCUUUAAUGGUUUUGACGCUCUGCUGGAGCACGCGAGGACUUCGUACGGCCGCAGAGCGUCUUCGGAGUCAGCGUCCUUUCUGUGCAAGGAUACAGAGGAAAACGGAGACGACGAGGGACGAGGAAGAACCCUGCUUCUGCACUGCUUCAACCCGGACCCCACGGUGGGCGUGGCCAUGCCCGGGUUAAUCCGAGCUGCUGCUCGGCGCAUAUACCGAGCGGAAGUCGAGGUGGAGGAGGCUCCGCCCACACGUCUCCGUGCAGUUAACGAGGACGGCGGAAUCUCCGAUCGCUCGACCCCGUCGUCGUCGCCGUCUCCGCCCACUUUCUCAUCGCCCGGCUGUUUGUCGUUCCUCAUUCGAGAAGUUCGGAUCGCGUCGUCUUCGCCGUCGCCGUUGUCGUCGUCCUCGCGUCAGCUCUCGCGCUCGCCGACAGACCUUCGGAUCGGACUGAGCACGUUCUGCAGAGCGUUUCCUUUUCACCUCAUCGUCGGCCCCAAUAUGGACGUCCUGCAGGUUGGGGUGGGGCUAAAGAAUGUCGGGGAGGGGCUUAGGAAGCCUCACAGGACGCUGAGCUUCAGUGACAGCUUCCAGCUCGUCUCCCCCAGAAUUCCUUGCUCUUUCCAGAACAUUUUGCUGCGGCUGUCUACGCCGUUUACCAUUCGCACUCGGCCCGACCCGUCCGCUCUGGAAAGCAGGGAGAAGGUGAUGGAACUGAAGGGUCAGAUGAUCCAUCUCCCCGAGUCGAACGCCAUCAUGUUCCUGGGCUCGCCCCGUGUUGAUAGGCUGGAGGAGCUGAUGGGGCGUGGCUUACAUCUUUCAGAUAUCCCUAUCCAUGAUGCCACCCGUGAUGUAAUACUGGUGGGCGAGCAGGCGAAGGCUCAGGAUGGCCUGAAGAAGCGCAUGGACAAGCUGAAGGCCACACUGGAGCGAACGCACCGCGCUCUUGAGGAGGAGAAGCGGCGCACCGUCGAGCUGCUCUACUCCAUCUUCCCCGGCCACGUGGCGCAGAGACUCUGGCAGGGACUUCCUGUCCAGGCCAAAAAAUUUGAUGACGUCACCAUGUUGUUCUCGGACAUCGUGGGAUUCACGGCCGUGUGCGAGCACUGCACGCCCAUGCAGGUCAUCAGCAUGCUCAACGAGCUCUACACGCGCUUCGACUACCAGUGUGGUGUGCUUGAUGUCUACAAGAUCGAAACGAUCGGGGACGCAUACUGUGUGGCCGCAGGGCUCCACAGGAAAUGUGUGUGUCACGCCAGGCCAAUCGCGUUAAUGGCGCUGAAGAUGAUUGAGCUCUCAGAGGAAGUGCUCACGCCCGAUGGCAAGCCCAUCAAGCUGCGUAUAGGGAUCCACUCAGGUUCCGUGUUAGCUGGUGUGGUUGGAGUGAAGAUGCCACGGUACUGUUUGUUCGGAAACAACGUCACACUCGCCAGCAAGUUCGAGUCUGGCAGCCAACCACGGUGCAUUAAUGUUUCCCCCACGACGUACCAACUCCUCCAUGACGAUCGCUCCUUCUUUUUCAUCCCUCGCUCCCGUCAGGAGCUUCCUGAAAACUUUCCCAAAGAGAUUCCAGGAAUCUGCUACUUCCUGGAAGCUGGGAAAACCAGUCAAGGAAGCCACACCUCCUUGACCAACACUCGCUCCGCCCCCAUCCGAAAAGCGUCCUAUAACAUCGGGACCAUGUUUCUGCGUGAGACCAGCCUCUGAGGAAAGCCCUGCCCACCUACUAUGCCGGUACUAAAACCCACGCCCACAAGGCCAGAGGUGCCUGUGGCAACCAGUGGCUCCGCCAAUCGGAACACAUCGCUAAACCCCUCCCCUCCCCCGACCCCACGCAGAGCUGGUGAGAAGGACUGCAGGAACGAGAAAUGAAUAUUCAUGAAUAUUCAAAUUUGACUCUAAAAGAAAUAUGGACAUUUGAAUAUAUAUAUUUGAAGAAAUAUACAUAUAUAUUUGCAUUAAGCCUUCUGCUCCACACACACACAUACACACACACACACACACACACACACACACACACAACACACGCACACUUAAAAUAUACACACACAAAAUAUAAGCAUAUAAGCAUAUACAGUAUACACACACGGCUCUCAGCAACCUAUGAACCUGGUGCCUUCUGAUAAAUAAACACGGUGUGUGUGUGUGCGCGCGUGUGUGUGUGCGUGUGUGUGUGUACGCGCGUGUGUGCGUGUGUGUUCCAGCUUGUGAGGCUCCACGCUUUAAUUUCAUUUAGACUGAACUGUCAGUCCAUCCUGUCACACCACACCAAGGCCCAUAAAUAAAACCCAGUCCUCCAGUCACAUCACACCAUCACCUGUCAAUCAAACCCAGUCCUCCAAUCACACCACUCCAACACCUGUCAUAAAACCCAGCCAUCCAAUCACAUAACACUUAAAUCUGUCACUCAAACCCAACUCUCCAAUCACACCACACCAACACCUAUCAAUAAAACACAGCCCUCCAAUCACACCACACCAACACCUGUCAGUCAAACCCAGUCCUCCAAUCACACCACUCCAACACCUGUCAUAAAACCCAGCCAUCCAAUCACAUAACACUUAAAUCUGUCACUCAAACCCAACUCUCCAAUCACACCACACCAACACCUAUCAAUAAAACACAGCCCUCCAAUCACACCACACCAACACCUGUCAGUCAAACCCAGUCCUCCAGUCACACCACACUAAUGCCUAUCACACCGCACCAACACCUAUCAAUAAAACACAGCCCUCCAAUCACACCACACCAACACCUGUCAGUCAAACCCAGUCCUCCAGUCACACCACACUAAUGCCUAUCACACCGCACCAACACCUAUCAAUAAAACACAGCCCUCCAAUCACACCACACCAACACCUGUCAAUCAAACCUAACUCUCCUUAAUUACAUCACAAAAAAACCUGUUAAUCUUUUUUUUUCCCCACAAUGUCAAUAAAAUGAAGUAUAGCUGACACACCCA